AUGGACUUCGUCAACAACAUACCAUUAAGGCCAACUUCCGUCAAGGUGUCUGUUGAUACAAUGAUUAGAGGAGAUGCCUUUCUUUGGAGACCUGCUCAGAAUAUGUAUACUAUUGCCCAAGCUGUAGGAGAGACCAUUGCGUGGCCUCAGAAUUGUGUUGUAUCACUUGCUGAGGAGUUAGACUUAGAAGAUAUUCCGCCAAAGAAGAGUAGUCCUCAUCAGCAUGUGAAAGAAGAUAAAAAAUGCAGACUGCUGGACAUUAGUGGACGGACGAGGGUUGUCGCUGAAGGGCGCUGGUCUUCGAACAACCCUGAACAGCUUGUGCAUUUUGUUCCUUUGGGACCUAAUGCGGUUCGCGUGUGGGUGGAUGUGGUGAAGGUCAAUGACGCAGCGGUUUGGAAGCCAACUUCAGCAAUAGAGUGUACGGAGGAUGCUAUUGGAACGACAAUAGCAUGGCCAGAGAACAAAGUUGUUGUCCUUUGA